AUAUUGUCAUCAAUUACAAUUUACAAUAACAACUAAUAUAACUUCAUCUAUUUUUCCUACAUUACAUCAACCAUAUUAUGAAUUAACUCAAUUGAUUAAUCAAUGUGUAAAAAAUAAUAAUAAUAAUAAUAUUGAACAACGUUGGUUACCUUUAAUUAAUUGGAUAGAAUCAAAAUUAAAUACUAAUCCAUCAAUACUUAAUAUUAUUGAAAUAAAAGUAAUGUUAUUAUUAAAUAUUUAUUAUAAUUAUUAUUGUAAUGCUCAAUUAAAAUCUCUUGAUCAUUUAUUAAUUAUCAUUGAAAAUACAAUAUUUCAAUUAUCAGAUGAAGAACGACGAGUAUUUCGUAUUCUUUUAAAACCUGAACAAUAUAUGAUUGGAUAUAUAAAAGAAAAUAAUCAUAUAGAUAAAAAUUAUCUUAAUAAUUUAUUUAAAGUUGAUUGUCAAGAUGAUGAUGAAUUACCUAUACGUCAUAUACUUGUUAAUCUUUUAGCAAUGAUUUUACUUAGUGGAAAAGAAAAUCCAUUUUGGACAUUUCUAUUUCAACCAUUGAAAUUGGAAGAAACCUUUGGUGAGUUUUAA